UUAUCAAUAUAUUCAUUUCAGUUUGAUAUCUAAACAUAUAUGUAUAUAGAAACCAGAAUAUCAAAAUUUAAUAAUCAAUGUCUGACAAUUCCCACCAACAGUUCUCCGGUGCAAUAGAGCCGCGCUCUGGCAAUAAAAAGCAAGAAGAUAAACAAGUCCGCUGGUGCAGUCGCUUGGAGCAGCAGCUGACCAGGCAGGAGCGCUCAACAAAGUUUCCUAUAGUGGGCGCCUUGGUCCAUAAGGCUCUGCGGCGGCGUGAGAAGGAGAAGGCUGAGGCCCAGUCUAGAAGCGACUGCAACAACAACAAUACCACCACCAGUGACAGCGAAUCGAAGGAAGAGUCGGGUAAAAUGGUUCUACCCUUUGGUCUUGGCCCCGAUGGCCAUCAUGUCGAUGCCAUACAAAGUGCUCCCAGUGCUCCGAGUGCCCCGGCAGCGCAUCUGGUGAUGCCACCGCCAUAUGCCCGUGGCCAAACGAAUAUCUACACGGGAGUUCCGAUUAUUGUGAAUCCUUACAUCGAUUUUAUUGUCGUCAAUGGUGACGACCGCUACAUGAUCCGAUGCGAAAGAAAAUCGGUGCUGGAGCGCAGCGUGGAAUUGGCCAAGCUAAUACACGCCGGACCGAAUAGCGGACGAAAGAGCGACAACCAUUUUCAGAUACUCAAUGUGGAUAAGAAUGACUUUGAGUUAAUUGUGCGAUACAUGGAAAAACAUUUCAUACCCUAUCGGGAUCACAAGCAUCUGUUGAAAAUCUUAGAACUAGCCGAUCGUUUCAAUGUACCCGACCUGAUCAUCUACUGCAUCCGCGAACUUGAUCUCAGCAUCUCGAGUGCCACAGCCCUGGACAUAUUUAAGGCUCUAUGGUUCUACCAGGGCAUCGCUCUGACCAACCAGCAUCAGACGGUAAUCACCACCCAAGAGACAGGAUUGCAGUUGGCUCGCAAGCAGGCCUCCAAGGCCAAGGCCAAACAGGCGGCGGCCGCCCAGAACUCCACUGCACAUGAAAAUGGGGCCGAUGGCGAUGGAGCUCAAAAAAAUCUCAUACCGAAUCCGAAUCCCUUUACCACCGAGGACUAUGGCGUGGCUCUACUCCACAACACCCUCCAAUUGAUUGACAUGCAUGCUGAACUCUUGCUUUCGAUGCGUGAAAUCGCUGAUCUCCGUUUCGAGGAGCUGGAGACUCUAGUGAAACGCGAAACGCUGCAACUACGCUCCGAGCUCACCCUCUUCGAAUGCCUGGCCACGUGGAGUCUGGCCGAGUGCGCCCGCAAGAAUCUCGAUGCCACUCCAGAAAAUCGUCGCACUGUUCUGGGACCCUUAUGUCUGACACCCAGAUACUUGCGCAUGAGCUCCGCCGAGUUCCGACGUUGUUGCGAGAGAAUCGAACUGCUCCCGCCCCUGGAGACUUCACUGGUCAGCGAUGCACUAGAGGGCAAAAAGCUGAAAAAUCUGACAGAUCAGCAAACAGAGCUGCUGGAUAAGUUCCGACAGCCACGAGCUGAAUAUGCCCGCAUGCCAGUGCAUCUCAGUGAUCGGAGUAGCCCAAAGAACUAUCCAAAGAAGAUGAGAUUGGCCCACGAGGGUCGACCCACAGAGGAGGGUUGCUGGGAAAAGGCUGGCAUGAAUUGUCUGCGUGUGUUCGUUUGCAUAUUCGAUUGAUCCGAGGAUGAUGGGGGGGAGGAUGAGGACGACGAUGAUGAAGAUGAGGAUGAGGAUGACGAUGAGGAAGAGGCGGAUGAGGAGUACGAGGCAAACGACGAUGAAAAUGAAGAUCAGAACGAUCCCACAUAGACUUGUUGCAUAAACGAAUAUUAGCGCUUAUGAAUUACAUAUAACUAUAUAGAUAUAUAUAUAUAUA